AUGUCUUCUGCCUCUGCAGUAGGAUCUGGACCUGAUUAUGUAGGCCCACACUUUGACUAUUGGAAAGACUUCUCUUCUGUGGAAGGCGACAAUGCCCAAGUAUCUGCUCACUCUGACGAUGAAGAUGAACUCAUGGAUUUCAUCGACGUUCUUACGGCUUCAUAUGUACCGCACCCCAUCGACGUGUCUCCACUACAUCCAUCGAAUGCCAAGGGCAAGCAGAUAUUCUUUCCGGACCCCAGGAUUCAGUGGGAACGAGCAAAUACAAUGGACGAUUCCGAUUCCGACGACGAAUGUUCUAACUCUAUGACUUCCGAUGGUUUCCCAGCCCAAUUUCUUGACAAAUCGCUCUAUUCUCCCCAUGGUCCGUGGGCGUGGGCGAGUGGGUUAUCCAUAAUGAAUCCGAAGGCUUUGUUAGACAUAGGUGCGGGAGCUAUGUGCUCCGCGACACUCAAGACAGGUUUCCUUGGAUCUCGCAGAGUGAUGUACAUCAGCAGAUGCUGGGAAUUGAAGAAGCGUCUUCGGUGGAGAGGAUUCUAUUCGGAGCUCGCGCUCUACAAAUCCCAGUAUUACUUGAAAUCGCUUCAGGGCCUUGUCAUCCCAUCCAUUAUCGGAGUUCACGUCGAUGGGAGAUCUGUCAGUCUCGCGAUGGAACCUCCCCACCAUUCUUUCUGGAUAGAGGCCUCUCCUGAUAUGCCCGACAUACUCAAGGAGAUUGUCGUUGAAGGGUUGGAGAAGAUUCAUGCCAAAGGCGUUCUCCACGGAGAUAUCGAACUGCGUCAUAUACUCAUUGGAGGUGACUGCAGGGUUACCUUCAUUGACUUUCAAGAAAGCCGUUCGCUGCGUCCUUACCCGGACGUGAUGCUCGGGAAGGCCGACAGGCCUGAAUUUGAGAUGGAGAUGCGCAUGCUGAAGUACAAAAUCGAUUACAAGGGAGCACAAGGGAAAGAAGAGGCUAAAAUGGCUCGAGCAAUGGAGCGCGAAGGAAGGAACGCGCAACGGAGGAACGCGGAAGAACGGAGGUACGCGCAAGGACCCUAUGCACACAUUGCGCCACACCUUCUUCGCGAAAAAUACCGGCCACAGAUUGUGGAAGACGAGCAACCGAUUGAAGAAGACGUCCUAGAGCCUCCGCCGCAUCCACAGGACUGGAGAGAGCGAUGGAUACGAUGUCGUUCUGCACCUCGUCGCACCGUUGUUCCUGGCCAGACGGCUGCAGAAGUGGAGACGGCCGUGGCGCAUUUUUUGGAUAAACUCCGUCGUAUGCAGGAUCUAUACAACUCAAACCCUACACUAUCACGUACUGACGUUCACUCUCCGGGAUCGAUCGCUGUUCCUAUGCGCAAGCGUCGCGCAUCUGAGACGUCGGAGCCUGAGGGCCGAUCGAAACGCCGCCGUCUCGAAAAGCCAAGUGACGAUGUGGCAGACGAUCCCGAGCCAGCCGCUCAGGUUACGGUUUCCUGGGAGGUCUUAUCGACAUCCUCUAUUAAUUGCGCCACUGGAGAUCUGUUGCCGGCGAGUAACAACAGCUCGGACCCACCGAAGCCUCCUAGAGUACGCGACUUCGCGACUGCCCCGUACGAAGGCCCUCGCGGCUUCUACGUGCCUCAUCCUCCAACCGACAAUCGGCUUAGUAUUGAACGAGCCUUCCACAUCCGCCAGGAAAACAGCACACAAUGUCGGAAGGAAGGCCUCCCAUACUAUACCAAGGAUGCGGUGAUGGUCAAGCCUGCGAGUCUCCACCGAUAUCUAAAGCGUGGCGAGCACAUUUCCAUGGGAGCGCUGAAGAGGAAGCAUGACGAUCCAUCUUGGAUGAGCAAUGGAGACAGGAUGAAGAAAAGGCAUAGGGAGAAGCAGGGAGACCGAGGUGCCGAUGCGGAGGAGGAUAUGGUGGUCGUGGAGGCGAAUAAAGUCCUCGACCUUGGCAGAAGAUCCAAAACUUCGAAGAAACGGAGCCCCAGUUCUCGACCUACCUCUGUUAAUGCUCGUCGUGGCAUACUGCGGAAUACGCCGACUAUCAAGACUAUAUCGUACGCAAAAGGUGAUUGGCAAGAGGAAGCAGAUCUCGAGUUCUCCCCAAAAUUGGGCCCUCGUCCGCUAUUAGUGUCGAAGACCGAGGCGAGGCCUAUUCUCGGUGCCGUGGUUAGCGAUUUACUACCGUGCGCUCGCGUAUAUCCGGACGAAGAAGAUUCCCCGAAUGAGGGCGACGACGUCGCACGUCCACCGACGUCUGACGUGAGCUUGGAGCUUGCUCAUACAACGCUCGGUUUGCCCUCGCAUUUUUCGUCUGAUGGCACUCAUGCGUCCGGAUCUGGAAGCGCGAGAUCUGAAUCAAACGAAGUAUCGCACCAGGCGAUCACCGUCCCGUCAUGUAGUCCUCCUCCAUGCACCUUGGGCACCACUUCUUCGUCCGUCCCACCACGCAUCCGCUCGCGUGCGACUUGUCCGCAGAGCGCCGUCGACCGCGCUCCCAUCGACCACUUAAGACGUAGAUCUCUCUCGCCGAGGAAAACCGUGGCCGGUUGCACACCAGAGGAAGAAGCCUCGGAUUCCGAAGAAGACGAGAGAGUUGUUGAAGCGAUGCUGCUGGGCGGCGAGGAAGAUCGCUUAUGA